GUUUGCUAACUUCCAAUCACUAGCUGUGAGGGCAGUUAAGAUUUUGGCCACAUGUACUAGGAUAUUACCUUCACAACGUAGACUCUUUCAUAUCUCUUGCUUUGACAGAGAAUGAGUGGAGAAGGCAGAGUGGUUUGUGUAACAGGAGGGUCUGGUUACAUAGCUUCUUGGCUAGUCAAGCUUUUAAUCCACCAUGGUUAUACAGUUAAAGCCAGUGUUCGAGAUCUAAAUGAUCUGAAGAAAACAGAACACUUGCGUGUUCUUGAUGGAGCCAAAGAGAGGCUUCAUUUAUUCAAAGCCAAUUUGCUGGAAGAAGGAAGUUUUGAUCCAAUUGUUGAUGGCUGUGAAGGUGUUUUCCACACAGCUUCUCCUGUGAUUCUUUCAACAAAUGAUCCUCAGGCAGAAUUGCUUGACCCAGCAGUGAGAGGAACACUAAAUGUACUCAAGUCCUGUGCAAAAUUUCCUUCUGUAAAGAGAGUUGUUAUAACAUCUUCCAUUUCAGCAGUAAUGUUCAAUGGAAAACCUCUGACACCUGAUGUGGUAAUUGAUGAGACAUGGAAUUCGGAUCAAGCUUUCUGCGAGGAAAAGCAGUUAUGGUAUGCUGUUUCGAAAACCUUAGCUGAGGCUGCUGCUUGGAAAUUUUCGAAAGAAAAUGGAAUAGACAUGGUUACAAUAAAUCCAGGGUUUGUGAUUGGUCCUUUCUUGCAGCCAACUCUCAACAUUACCACAGAGGUGAUACUGAAACAUGUCAAUGGAGCUCAGACAUAUCCAAAUGACAAUUAUAGAUUUGUUGAUAUUAGAGAUGUUGGAAAUGCACAUAUUCAAGCUUUUGAAAGACCUUCAGCUAGUGGCAGAUACUGUUUAGUUGCCAGUGUCACACACUUCUCCGAGGUCCUGAACAUUGUCCGCAAACACUACCCCUCCUUGCAACUUCCAGAAAAAUGUGUUGAUGAGAAGCCAUUUGUGUCAAAAUAUGAGGUGUCAAAUGAGAAAGCGAAAACUUUAGGCAUCGACUUCACUCCUCUGGAGGUUACUGUUAAGGACACAAUUGAAAGCCUGAGGGAGAAAGGCUUUCUGAAGGUCUGAAACUGAUGCAAUUUAAGCUUGGGAGUUCACCUCUUUUGCCACACCAAUAAUGGCUGGUUCUCAAGCCAGUCACUAUUAGUGAUGGAGUUAAAAAAAAAAAAAAAAAAUUGUAAUUGGAAGUGGAAUCAGUUAAACGAUCGGUCAAUAAAUUCAUACCAAUUUAAUUGGUUUGCCUUGUGAAAACUGAUCAUAUACAAUAUCACAUGUGCAAUGUAUAAAAGCAUUGACAAUUUCAUGCCA